GGUCUAGGGCCAUACAUACAAAGGGCUACCCAUCGCACAAUGUUAGUGAAGGAAUGACCCUGAAACGUGCUCGAGUUUCGCGGGUUGCGAGACCUUACAACGGCGAGUACAACGACAGGCGGACAAUAAUGGGCCGAUCCGGUACCGGUACAAAUGGUCGUAAGAUCUCGCGCGUAGUAUACUGGAAGGCACGGCACGACGGAGGUUGGUACUAGCGACAGCGCGCGCCUCAAGAAAUCCAGUGAGUGUGUAUAGCCGCGUGCGCCGCCCCCCACUGGGACUGUCGCAGGCCGCGCGUUUCACAAGUGUGCGCUCGGCGCCACCUAGGCAUCUGCGCUUCAGUAUAUGUACUUCGUUUGUAUAUGAGAGCGUACUGGACCCGUGACCAGGCGCGUGUGCACAAGACGGUCAUUUCCACAUUUCCUCGUCCUCGAACAUGACCAAAGACGUCGAGCUUGGCUUUGACGAAGUUGGUUCGCCAACGUCCGCGUCGUCGUCGUCCCAUUCACACCGGCCCAUCGACCGCCGAUGGCUCUUUGAAGGCCUCUUUGUCUUGACCAUUGUUGGUAUUUUGCUUUUGACGAUCAUCCCGACGCUCCUUCUCAAUUACGAACGAACCGCCUACACCUUGCUGCACAAAGACGUCGCGGACGACACGGCGCUGCCCAUUGCUAUGGUACUCUCUGGUGUCAACACGGAUACAAACCAGAUCUCGGCCCAGCUUUUCUUGGACGGUACGCUCCCUUCGUCGCUGACAUCGACCGAACACCCUCGUCAACUCGCGCGGGCGCUCAACCUCAAUAUCAACGGGAACGCGGUAACGUUGAGCCCAGCCAUGAACCUUGCCGCCGGUAUCUCGCAGCAGGUGACCUUGUCGUCCGGCUCGAUCAUCAUGUUCCCAUUCGACAAAUACACGGCGCCGCUCUCAGCCCACGCCACGACGACCAGCCCCGUGACAAAUGCGUCGGUGACGUUGCCCGUCCGCCUCGCCAUCUACACGACGACGGAUUUCAACUGGAAGUACGCUGUUGUGACGGGCGACGACCUCGUGGGUCCUGGUGCCAAUGGUCCUCUUGGCCGUCUCGUGAUCGAAACCUACCGCCACCCACUCUUUUUCAGCUACAUAAUUGUCAUGUGGCUCGGCAUCUGGGUCGUCGGUCUCUCGCUCGCUUACAUUGCCAGCACGACGAUUAUCUGGAACCGAAAACCGGUCGAGAACCCGAUGGUCUACUUCUCGGGCUUGAUUGUCAUCCCCAUCUUUCGGAAUACGGCGCCGGGUCAUGCUCCGUAUGGGUGCCUCUUUGAUAUGACGUCGACGUACCUCGCGCUUGCGAUUGCCGCCAUUGGCAUGCUCUUUGCCACCAUCAUCUCGAUGAACAAGACCCAUUGAUCCUAGAC